AUGGUCGGCUCACCUCCCCCUGCUCCCUCGACUUCAGCGGAGCAGCCGCCGCGUCAGCCCAACACCAAUUUGCAGGAUGCUGGUUGGACAGAUGCUUUUCAUUCGUCCGAUGAGCGGUCGACCACAGUACCACAGUCGGAAAUGCAGACGAAGUCCCCCGAGGGGCGAGACGUUGCCUCUGGGUUCGGGGAAAUUGAGCUGCAGUCUGCAGCGCAGGAAGAGAUCUGGACAGCAAAAACACAGGUACAAACCGAACCACAGCAGAGUGAAGAACCAGAGAUCUCAGGUCCUACAACCAGAAAUUCGGAAGCGGGAGCAGCAGACGUGCAACUGCCUUCAUUAUCAGCGUCACAAUUGCUCAACAACCUCCCUCAAGCGCCGUCACAGCCGACAGUGGCAGACCUCGGUCUGGUCACCCAUUCUGUCCCUGCUACUUCAGUUCCAUCAGCUUCAGAAAAUCAGAAUCAGGAGGUUUCGUUGCAAUCCACCGUUCUGCCCAGCACAGAGCCACGAGUGCAGAUGCGAGAUAUAGCGAAAAGAGAGCCAACUCUGCAGGAACUGCGGAAACGAGUGCAAGAUGCGAUGCUCACCAAAGCGGCAACUGCACAGACAAGGAUGGGCUCAUCAGAAGCGAUAGUAAAGGCAAAAGAAGGUGCAAAUGGCAAUAUUGGAGAGGCAGAGAACGCGCAGGAACAGACUACCCCUUCGGCCCCGGCUAGCCCAACAAGUAUUGAUCUGGCUCCAUCGAAAUCCAAUGCUAUCUCAAAUGGAGAUGUUCAAGCGAUUGCAAAAACGACAUUGCCAAUCAAACCUGCUCUUACGGAGAAGCAAAUUUCUUUCGAAUGGGGCGCUCUCGCCACAGGCACAAGCCCGCGUCCGGGUAUCGCCGCCAUGCCCGAUGCGACUCACGCAAUCGCUUCGCGUCUCUGGGGCAAUAAUCCUAAGAAGAUGGGUGGCAUUGCGGUCACGACCGACCCGGAGAAGCUACACCAGGCAAAGAUGGAAGUGAAGUUGGAGAUACAACAACGACAACAGCAACAACAGAGCCAGCUUUCGGAGGAAGAGCGGACAAAGGCGAAUGGCGCACCGGAUCGCAGUGCUGGCGCUGAAAAGGUCAAGGAUGCAUCCAAGUUAGAUACGAUGGAAGAGAAGCAUGUGGAUGCUGAGAGUAUAUCGCCAACUGCCACUGCUCCUGUUGUUCAGUCGUUGCCAGUCGCCUCGCGGAAAUCUUCAGAUGCAGCAUGGCAGCAAGUGGAAGCGGGCGAAGCUGGACCCAACGCUCCAGCUCCAAAUGAAGCUUUUUCCUUUGUUGGCCCUCCAGGAGAAGAAACAGCUGGUAUUGCUGAGGCUAAGCAGGCAGGUGAGGCGGAGGACACAACCGAGGGGCAAGGGGAGGUAGGAGCUUUGAGCAAGUCAUAUCCAUCCGAGGCCGGUUUCGACUCGGACUCUGAUAGCAGCAGCAGCGAUGACAGCAGCAGCAGCAGUGAAUCGGAUUCAUCAUCCGAUGCAUCAUACAAGCGUACGAAGGCCAUCAUCUCCCAAAUGCUAGAGGAGGACGAUGGCGAAGAUGACGAUGAAGAAGGGAGUGGUCGGCCCGGCGCGGGUGGCAAAGGCGGCUAUGGCCCGACGACGAAGAACGAGACGCCAAUUUCUGCCGCUGUCGGUGCUGCCAAUAGCUUGCCUUUCAAACAGGUCCCUGCAGAGCUGAAGGGAGAAAUCAAGUACAUCGGUGUUGUGCACUCUGUCGUUGAUGGUAGCGUCUGCGUCAUCGAGCAAGAUCUGCAGAGGGGAGGCGGAGCUGUCACGGCUCCUGAACAGCAACAGCCGCAACCAUGGCAACAAGAAACGGGCGGCUACGCCCAGGCAUACAGCAAUAAUGGCCAUCAAGCCCCCCCGCCACAUACACAAGGUCAGGUCAAGGAGGUUUAUGCCGUGCUGGACACGGGCAGCGUGCUUUGCCUUGAAGACGGCAAGGUACUUGGCUCGGUUUUUGAGACCUUUGGCAGCGUACAGCAGCCUUUCUAUUCCCUUUUACUUCCACCGGUACAGCCAGCACCCGACAACGUCAAUACCGCCGCUGCAAUGCAGCCUCUGGCUGUGCCAACAAAAGGUCUCAAGGUGUACUACCUCCCCUCACACUCCACAUAUGUGCUGACGCGCAUGCUCAAGCUGCUGCCAAAAGGAAGUGACGCGAGCAACGUAUUCGACGAAGAGAUCGGGGACGAAGAGCGCGAGUUCAGUGAUGAUGAGGAAGAGGUCAGAUGGAAGCAGCAGAAGAAGGCGGACAGAGCAGGCGGCGCAGGCGCCAAGAAAGGAGGGAAAACGAGGGGCUCAGGUGAGGAUGACGUUGGAGCGCGUAACGCCAAGCGUUUGAGGCCAAACAAUGCACCAGAUGCGCUGGUCGAUGGUUACCACCAGCACCCUCGGCCAAUAUGCAUAGGAGGUCCUGCACCUCAGCGACGCGCACCCCUUCCCUACGAGGAUGCGGGUAACGCGGACAUCGGAGCUCCGGUACUGCAGCACAAUCAACAGAAUCCGCCGCCGAACAGCCACGCCGGCCCUUCUUCCCAGGCUCCUCACGACGGGUCUUCGCAGCGAGGACGCGGCCGUGGUCGCGGGCGCGGCAUGCACGUUGCAGAUUCUGUCCGCGGCCGACCGACCUACGCCGCGCCUAAUACACUGCGGUCACCGCAGCAGCAACAGCAAUUUGGCACGGUACCCUAUACACAUGGUCAGCCGCCCUCUGACCAGCGCCAACACAUUCCAUUGUCAUUUCAUGGCGCUCCUGGCAAUCACAGUCCUGGCCAUGGCCAAGGUCAGGGCCAUGUCAACACCAUGUUCGCCUACCAGAUGCAGCUACAGAUGCAGAUCCAACAGCAAAUGGGCAUGAUGCAACAAGCUCAGGGGCAGGGCAGUGGAGUGGAUUUGCAAGAACAGCAGUAUGCUGCCGCUGCCGCUGCCGCUGCCUUGAUCCAACAGCAGCAGCAGCAACAGUAUAUGAUGAACCCAACCGCUUAUAGCUACGCGGCGCAAGGUCAGCAGGGUUACAUGGCGCACCCCCCAUUCCGAGGCGGUCCUUCUAACCAUCGUGGACACCCGCCCCAUCCUGACAACAACGGAGAGACCUACAAUUACCAAAAUUACAACGCUGGAGGCCAGUACCCUCGGUGAAUGCACACUCACUUUUGCACGUUCGAGAUGGGCACUUAUAUAAACAGUCAAGAUUCUUUAAACAUUCACUCCCCACACGCAUUGCAAAGCAAUCCUUGUAUCUUCAUGCACGAUCAAU